UCUCCCGGAGACCCUCGCCCGCCCCGCCAGGGGGUGUCUGAGCCCGACGGCGGCCGCGGGGACUGGGCGGGCGGCGCAGGGCGGCUCCCCUCCGCCGCCGCCGCCUUCCCGCGUCCCCACCCCUCCCCGCCCGCCCCCAGCGCGGCCUAGCCCGCCCCCUCCGCCCCCUCCCGCGGCGCCAUGCGCAGACUCAGUUCCUGGAGAAAGAUGGCGACAGCCGAGAAGCAGAAACACGACGGGCGGGUGAAGAUCGGUCACUACAUCCUGGGGGACACGCUGGGGGUCGGCACCUUUGGCAAAGUGAAGGUUGGCAAACAUGAAUUGACUGGGCAUAAAGUUGCUGUGAAGAUACUCAAUCGACAGAAGAUUCGAAGCCUCGAUGUGGUAGGAAAAAUCCGCAGAGAAAUUCAGAACCUCAAGCUUUUCAGGCAUCCUCAUAUAAUUAAACUGUACCAGGUCAUCAGUACACCAUCUGAUAUUUUCAUGGUGAUGGAAUAUGUCUCAGGAGGAGAGCUAUUUGAUUAUAUCUGUAAAAAUGGAAGGAAAUAUGAUGCACUUGGAGUAGUAAGAACAGGCUCCAUGAAGGAGCUGGAUGAAAAAGAAAGUCGACGUCUGUUCCAACAGAUCCUUUCUGGUGUAGAUUAUUGUCACAGGCAUAUGGUGGUCCAUAGAGAUUUGAAACCUGAAAAUGUCCUGCUUGAUGCACACAUGAAUGCAAAGAUAGCUGAUUUUGGUCUUUCAAACAUGAUGUCAGAUGGUGAAUUUUUAAGAACAAGUUGUGGCUCACCCAACUAUGCUGCACCAGAAGUAAUUUCAGGAAGAUUAUAUGCAGGCCCAGAGGUAGAUAUAUGGAGCAGUGGGGUUAUUCUCUAUGCUUUAUUAUGUGGAACCCUUCCAUUUGAUGAUGAUCAUGUGCCAACACUUUUUAAGAAGAUAUGUGAUGGGAUCUUUUAUACCCCUCAGUAUUUAAAUCCUUCUGUGAUUAGCCUUCUGAAACACAUGCUGCAGGUGGAUCCCAUGAAGAGGGCCACAAUCAAAGAUAUCAGGGAACAUGAAUGGUUUAAACAGGACCUUCCAAAAUAUCUCUUUCCUGAGGAUCCAUCAUAUAGUUCAACCAUGAUUGACGAUGAAGCCUUAAAAGAAGUAUGUGAAAAAUUUGAGUGCUCAGAAGAGGAGGUUCUCAGCUGCCUUUAUAAUAGAAAUCACCAGGACCCUUUGGCAGUUGCCUACCAUCUCAUAAUAGAUAACAGGAGAAUAAUGAAUGAAGCCAAAGAUUUCUACUUGGCGACAAGCCCACCUGAUUCUUUCCUCGAUGAUCACCAUCUGACUCGGCCCCAUCCUGAAAGAGUACCAUUCUUGGUUGCUGAAACACCACGGGCACGUCAUACUCUCGAUGAAUUAAAUCCACAGAAAUCCAAACAUCAAGGUGUAAGGAAAGCAAAAUGGCAUUUAGGAAUUAGAAGUCAAAGUCGACCAAAUGAUAUCAUGGCAGAAGUAUGCAGAGCAAUUAAACAAUUGGAUUAUGAAUGGAAGGUUGUAAACCCAUAUUAUUUGCGUGUACGAAGGAAGAAUCCUGUGACAAGCACAUACUCCAAAAUGAGUCUACAAUUAUACCAAGUGGAUAGUAGAACUUACUUAUUGGAUUUUCGUAGUAUUGAUGAUGAAAUUACAGAAGCCAAAUCAGGGACUGCUACUCCACAGAGAUCGGGAUCAGUUAGCAACUAUCGAUCUUGCCAAAGGAAUGAUUCAGAUGCUGAGGCUCAAGGAAAAUCCUCAGAAGUUUCUCUUACCUCAUCUGUGACCUCACUUGACUCUUCUCCUGUUGACUUAACUCCAAGACCUGGAAGUCACACAAUAGAAUUUUUUGAGAUGUGUGCAAAUCUAAUUAAAAUUCUUGCACAGUAAACCUAAAACUUUGCUUAUUUCUUUGAUAGCAAUAAGCAUGCAUAAUAAGUCAUAGCCAAAUGCUUCCAUUUAUAAUCAAGUUAUACAUAAUUAUAACUGAGGAUUGGCCUUUGGAAUGCAAUUUGCACAGGGAUUGGAACAUGAUUAAUAGUUAAAAGCCUAAUGUGCAGAAAUGAAUUAAGAUUAUUUUGUACAUUGUUCAGUAGAUAUAUAGCAUAAUAUACACAAUGGAUUGUAGGUCUCUCAGGCUCACUUGAUUUUUGGCUAUUUUAUACUUAGUGUACACAGGGCUUUGAGGAUAUUAAUUUACCAUAAAGGCCUUCAUAUAUUAUUACAUAUUGAUGUAUUAUAUAUUUGCUUCAUAAAUUCAUUCAAUAAAUAUUUGCCGAGAAUUCCCAGAGACCUUUUAUAGGUGAUUUUGUUUCCUGGGCUCCUUAACUUAAAGCUAGUAUCUUCUAACAGCAGUAACUGUCUGGAUAACUUCUUCCAUAUCCCCCUCUUAAAAUUCUAUAGUGUAUGGUAAGUCAUAUUAGAUAUUAGGCUCAAUUUGAAUUUAUUCUUUAGCUUUAUAAAGUCCAAAAACACACAGAGUUUAUAUAUUCAGAUACUCUAGUGCUAAGUUAAUCUUAUAGUUUGUCCCACUGUAUUCUGUACAUAAAGUGUUCUUUUUGUUUUUAAAUCUGAGUUGCAUAUACUGUAAAUAAAUCAUGUUGUUUUUGCCAAUUUCACAAAUUUCUCUGGCUUAUCGUAUCAGUCAGUAUUGAGUGUAUGCAAAAAUUUCUAGUCACUUGAUUAUAUAUUUUUAAAGUUGAGUCAGUGCAUAGAAAGAAUAUCUCUUACAAACUUUAAAUGCUUGAAUAUGACUUUUCCCCUCAAAUUUUAUUAUGAACAUUUUUAAAAUAAGAAAAAUUAAUAUAGGGUGAUCACAUGUUUAUCUACCAUUUAGAUUCAACAAUUGUGUUUUGCCAUAUUUGUUUUCUCUAUAUCUAUAUAUGUAUAAAGAUACAGAUAUGCGUGUGUGUGUGUGUGUGUGUGUGUGUAUACAUAUAUGUUUUUUGUCCUAAACCAUUUGGAUGUUACAGAUACACUUACUGCCCUUAAAUACUUCAAGCAUUUCCUAAAACUAAUGACAUUCUCCUAAAAAACCAUAAUACCAAUAUAAAAUUAAUAAUUUCCUAAUAUCAUCUAAUUCUCAAUCCAUAUUUAAAUUUCCCCAGUUGUCCUCCAAAUUACUUUUAUAGCUGGUUAUUUCAUAUUUCAUAUUCAAGUUUACUUAUUGGAUUUGGUUAUAUCUCUUUAGUCAAAUAUUAUUUGAUAAAAUGUGGAACAAAUCAUUUCUUCUAAAUGAUCACAUUUGUUUUGCCUUUUAAUUACUUUUUAAAAAAUUAGCAUUAUGGGAACUUUCUAAGGAUAUUUAAUCUUCCUAGCAUCUCUGAUUUACAUUUGUAUUUUCUUUUUCUCACUCUUAGUAAUAGCAUCACAUAAUACAUGUAAAUGAAGAUUUAAAGUCACCUCAGAUAAAACUGGUAUCAUUUAUGCUAAUAAAAAAUAUUGUACCACUCAUAUUGCCUUAUAUUAGCUUCAUAAUAUUGAUUUAUUUUGGUAUUAAGUAUUUUUCCCAUUGCAACAGAGCUAUCUUUUUUCUAUUUUAAGAAUCGUAUCUUAGGAUUGUUUUGGGCAAAUAGAGUGAGCAUCUAUGUAACCAGAUGAGAAUGUACUCUCAAAUGUCAUGAUAGCUUGCAUAAAUGAUUAGUUGUAGAUUUGACUCCAGCACCUCAAGAAUCAUGCACUGAAUUCAAAAGAAAAAUCUUUUUUCUUUUUGUCCAGAGCUUGUUCUAUUCAACUUCAAAUUUGAAAGCUGUACCAAGUAAUAGAAGUUCCAUUUAAAUGUGUGUUCAAAACUUGUAUUUAUAACUUUUAUGUGGCCCUCUGUUUUGAGGAUAUUUAUGUCACUUAAGUUCUCUAAAUGCAGCAUUAUGUUCCCGAUAUUAAGAACAGAAGACUGUAUUUUUAAAGUUACAGAUUUGUAUAUAGAACUAAGUAAUGUCUCUAUAAGCUGUUGUGGAGAGAGUGGAAGAAAAGGAGGAACCAGUUAAAUAGGACCUUCUAAAAAUUGUUAAUUUUGUAAACUUUGCUUCGUUUAUAAGUUAUUGUGAUUAGUUACUGAGAUUUAUUUUGAAGAUAUUUAAAUAUUGCACUUGUACAAAUAGUAUGAUAAAUGCACAGAGUAUUGCAGUAAAUUCUUUUUUAAGCUUGGAUAUUUGAAAUGAUAACUUUUGGUUAAAUGUGUCAAGGUUGCAACAGGAUUUUCACAAAUUUAUUGUAGUUUGCAAAUUCUUACCAAUAUUGAAGAGGUAAGGGGAGUGAAUGCAAAUGAUUUUUAAUCUUUUUUUAGUAUCUUUUCAGCAAUUUAUAUUUUUUGUGAUUUUAUGCAACCAUAUUUUUACUUUGUCUUGGCAACUGAAAGAUGUAUAAGGUUUUGCCAGAAAUGUACUGUAUACAUAGUUUUAAAUACAACAGAUUUUACUGAUAUGUAAAAAUUUUGCCAUGAAAAUAAUUGAUUUCUCACUGAGAGGAACUUUUCUACCAGGUUGGGGCAUAUGGGAGCUUAAUAUAUCAGAUCUAAUUUAAAAUAAUUUCACCUAAAUAAACUCCAUUGCUCUU